CUAGGAGACCUUUUAUCGUGAAAUAUUGUAAUAAGUGUUAUUAAAUACAAUAUUCUUUGGUUUAUUUGACUGGUUGGGACUUGGAUUGCCCCCAUUUUGAAUGCCUCAAGAUGUUUUUCCAUAUAUCCCUUGAACACGAGAUAUUACUUCAUCCUCGGUACUUUGGUCCAAAUUUGCUGCAGACAGUGAAGCAGAAACUUUUCACUGAAGUGGAGGGAACCUGUACAGGGAAAUAUGGUUUUAUAAUUGCUGUGACAACCAUUGAUAAUAUUGGUGUUGGGGCUAUUCAACCAGGUCGAGGUUUUGUGGUCUAUCCAGUGAAGUAUAAAGCAAUUGUAUUUAGGCCUUUUAAAGGUGAAGUCUUAGAUGCAGCUGUUACUCAAGUGAAUAAGGUUGGUCUGUUCACUGAGAUUGGACCCUUAUCAUGUUUUAUAUCAAGACAUUCCAUUCCUCCGGACAUGAAGUUUGAUCCACAGAGUAAUCCACCAUGUUACAAAACAGAAGAUGAGGAUGUUGUCAUUCAACAAGGAGACGAAAUACGUUUGCGUAUUGUUGGUACAAGAGUUGAUGCAAAUGACAUUUUUGCCAUCGGAUCUCUUAUGGACGACUUUCUUGGUGUUGUUGGCGGUUGACGUGGAGAAGGUUACUCCGCGCCAUUGUACCUUAUCCAAAUGAUGGCUAUAACGUUUGCCAUGUAACAAAGACCCACUAAUGAAACUGAAGUAUCUUUAAGAGGACUCAACCUAAAUGAACACUGUUUUUUAAAUUAUUUUGUAAAAAAAGCACCGCGCCGUUUAUUCAAUUCUCUCUUUGGUCAUAUAUUUUUUAAUAAAUGUGCUUAAUAGCUGUGUGUUUUCCUAGGAUUCAUAAAAUAUCACAUUUCUAAAGCAACCGUUAAAUUUCUUCGUAUUGUGUUAAUAUUACGAUCAAUAUAAUCUUAUAUUGUAGUUCGAAAUAGGAGUCGAUUUUGGUCGUGCACAUUUCCUUGUUAUUAAUUAUACCGUUCAAAUUUCUUUCACAAAACACUUUAUACUGGAAUCAAAUAAAUGACUAUUAUGGAAAUAAUCGUGAUAUUUAAA